UCUGGCCGUGAACACUUGAAUAAAUACUGUGCCCAUGCAUGCCGAGCCAGGUGUAGUCUGUCUAGGUCAGCUACAUCGGGGAAGAGCUCUGCUGAAAUUGCCAUCAAAACUUGAAUUGUUUCAAUCACUGACAGACGAUCGAGCCUGUUUUAUCUUUUGCAGAGACUCGACAGAGAGAUUUGCAGGAUGAGACACGCUUUGCUUGCAGGAAUCCUACUGACAUUGGCAUAUGCCGCAUUUGCCGAUGAGGCGGUGAAUGUGGUCUGCCCGGGUGGUCAGUACCAAUGUCCAUCUGGUGACACCUGUUGCAGGCUAAGCUCUGGACAGUGGGGCUGCUGUCUAUAUGCCCAUGCCGUGUGCUGUAGCGAUCACAUCCACUGCUGUCCUUCUGGAUACACUUGCAACGUUGCCAACGGAACAUGCAACCGAGGAGACCUCUUGAUGCCGUUGGCAACAAAGAACGUUGCCCAGCCAGUUGAAGCUGUAAACGUGGUGUGCCCUGGCGGUCGGUACGAAUGCCGGUCAGGCGAGACUUGCUGCAAGCAAGGAGGUGGAAAAUACGGCUGUUGCCCACUUCCCAUGGCUGUGUGCUGUAACGACAGUGUACACUGCUGUCCGAAAGGCUACAAAUGCAACGUUGCACACGGAACCUGCACCAAAGGAGAGUUCAACCUACCGUGGUAUGAGAAGAAUGACGCCCAGGAGGUUGAGUUGCAGAGUGUAGUGUGCCCUGGUGGUCAGUAUCAGUGUCCGGACGGCAACACCUGCUGCAAACUGUCCUCUGGACAAUGGGGCUGCUGCCCUCUUCCCAAUGCCGUGUGCUGCAGCGAUGGUCAGCAUUGUUGCCCUCAUGGCUAUACGUGCGACGUUUCAUCCGGUUCAUGCCAUCAAGGAGAACUUGUCAUCCCCUGGGAAGAGAAGAACCUUGCUAAGCCCGUUGAGAUUCUACCAGAACCAAAUAUCGUGUGUCCUGGUGGUCAGGCUCAGUGUCCAUCUGGCAACACCUGCUGCAGACUAGCUUCCGGACAGUGGGGAUGCUGCCCACUCCCUUCGGCUGUGUGCUGCAGUGACCACAUCCAUUGUUGUCCCCACGGCUACACCUGUGAUAUUUCCACUGGAACUUGUUCACUUGGAGAGAUGACUCUGCCAUGGUUUGAGAAGACAGAUGCCAAUGUUGUGGUUCCAGAACCAAACGUUGUAUGUCCAGGUGGUCAGGCUCAGUGUCCAUCUGGUAACACCUGCUGCAGACUAGCCUCUGGGCAGUGGGGAUGCUGCCCACUCCCCUCAGCUGUGUGCUGCAGUGAUCACAUCCAUUGCUGUCCCCAUGGCUACACUUGUGAUAUUUCCACUGGAACCUGUUCACUUGGAGAGAUGACUCUCCCUUGGUUUGAGAAGACAGAAGCCACAUUCUUAAGCAGUGACUCUGUACCAGUCCCCAACAUUGUAUGUCCUGGAGGGAGAUAUCAAUGUCCUACAGGAUCCACCUGCUGCAAGUUAAAUACUGGUGCUUACGGCUGCUGCCCAUAUCCAUUGGCUGUUUGCUGUGCUGACCAUAUUCACUGUUGCCCACAUGGCUACUCGUGUGACAUUUCAACAGCAACAUGUCACCUCCAUGAUUUAUCUCUACCGUGGGAACCAAAGAAGGAGGCUGCUUUACUAAGUGAUCCUGCAGUGCCAGAACCAAACAUCGUAUGUCCUGGUGGUCAGGCUCAGUGUCCAUCUGGCAACACCUGCUGCAGACUAGCCUCUGGACAGUGGGGAUGCUGCCCUCUUCCCCUGGCUGUGUGCUGCAGUGACCACAUCCAUUGUUGUCCCCACGGCUACACCUGUGACAUUUCCACAGGAACCUGUUCCCUAGGAGAGAUGACUCUUCCAUGGUUUGAGAAGACAGCCGCUGCACUCCCUAGUAAUGGCGGCAUUAUAUGCCCCAACAGCUCCUCCAUCUGCCGAAGCACGGAGACCUGCUGCAUGAUGGCAAAGGGUGGCUGGGGGUGCUGCCCUGGCGUGAAUGCUGUCUGUUGUCCAGACAAAAUCCACUGCUGUCCCCAUGGUACCAAGUGCACCAAGGAGAACACCUGUGUUGGUGCGGCCGGCAUCCUUUCGAUGGUGACCAAGACCAAAGCCAAGGAAAUGGCACCCAAGGUGGAGACUGUGCCUUGGAUUACUAAGACACUGGCCCUGCCUCUGGGCACCAAGGAAGGGAAUGUUAAGUGCGACAGCAGCCACUUUUGUCCGGACGGCAACACCUGCUGCAAGCUGGCCAGUAGACAGUGGGGCUGCUGCCCUCUUCCCAAUGCUGUGUGCUGCUCCGAUGGCAUCCACUGUUGCCCGCAUGGAUACACGUGCGACACUGCAUCUGGGCGUUGCCAGAAGUAGUUGCACACCACGAGCAGAAAAGCAUUGACAAAUUAAACUGAGAGAAGGUGUUUAACCUUAAUCAAUGUAGUGUAAUGCUGUAUUGUGUAAUCACAAGGUGGCACUUUACUUUUGUUGGUUUUUUAAGUUGUUAGUUUUUUGAUGGUUGGAUUUAUAUACAGUUUAUGGGAUGAACCUGGAGAAGCUUGUUUUUUUGGCAAAGGUUGUUAAAUUUUCCCCCAAAUGCUAGAUAUUAUUGAACCCAUUACAAAAUGUUCUACAUGCAUUGGAAUAUAUCAUCUGACUUGCCAUUCAGGAAACUACUUGAAGUUUAAAGUUUACUCAUAUUUCACUAUCAUGGAGUUGAACACAGGAAGCAUUGACCCAGUUGGUGUAUUCAAAGUGAAACAUUAAGAAAAUCGUCAUUCACACCUGUUAGAAACAAAGUUGGGUGUAGCCAUUUCUGUAUGCAUUUUUGGAUAUAUUGAAGUUUUUGAAGUAAAUUGGAUUUCAGUCAAGACAGCAGACACACUUGGGAUACCAACUUUUAUGUGCAAUUUUGUUUUGCAAGCAUUUUUUGUUGGGGACCAGCACCCCAGACAACAGCACCUUGCCUGUAAGUGCUUUCAAAGAUCAGCCUAGUGACAAUCAUAGUUGUCACGACUACUGCACAUUUUUGCUGCCGAUGGAAAAGAGAAAAUGGGACACGCAUGAAAUGUGGUCGACCUCCUUCUGCACUACUUAUGAAAAAAUAAAAUACGAAAACUCCGUAAAGAUAGAAGCAUAUGGUUCUGUUGGCAUUUGUAAUAAUCUUGCUCGGCACUAAAGUUGGAAUGUAUCACACAAAAGGGGAAAAAUACCAACACAAAGGACCUCGUUACUUACCCAGUUUGCUUGCUUUAUUCAGUCACCCUAUUGCCAGAAACAUCCCGCGUUUGCCCUCGCACUUCUAGUUACUUCCACUGUUUCCGAAAAUUGCUUGAGGUUGAUAAAUUCUAUUGCGAGUUUCUACGUUUUAAAAUGAUGUCAGGUAGCUUAGCUGUUCUCUGGCGCGCGAACACAUGUACACUUGUGCUUCCCGAAGUGACGUGGCUCUCAUCCACUGACGUAUGACCGACGUUGCUAGGAAACAGGGCGCCCUCUUUGGCUCAAAUGUAUCAAUCUUCAUCGGGCAUGGUGAGUUGGUAUGCUGCUGGGUGUCUGUGUUUUUAUUAUGCAUUAACCACGUGAUGCAGUAGCAUUGUAAUAGCAUCCUUUUCCAUUAUUUGAUAGCUAGAAAGGUAGUAGUAAUAUGUAUGAUUAUACAAAUAAAUGCGGAAGCAAAUUGUAGUAGUGACUGCAAAAGUAUAGAGCCUCUUCCUGGUUUCCUUGGGGAGAAGCUGUUUAAUCUCUUGAUAUUGAACAAAAACAAUAAAUGUACACUCGCUCUCGUCUAAAAUAUGUAAAGGUUCCGUAUUAAAAGAGAAUCUGUGAUCAAUUCUCGAGGUGCCAGAUGACAUGCACACUUUGCGAGCCGGCUCUUUGAUAAGUUUUUCCUGUUCCGUACCUGUCACCAAAGAUAGUACCGAUAUAGCCCCGCAAGAUGGGGAACUCGGCCCAAAAGGUAUUAUCGCGGCGCGCGCCAUUGGAGAGUGCAUGCAUAGGCGUUGCGUUAACAUGUGCGUGUCUGUGUCACCUGCGCCUAUUAUAUGCACUGUGCAGGCGUCCAACCUAAAUGCACCCUUGCGAUUGCAAUAUUUUACGUCGCUGUGAAGUUCUCUAUCUUGCGCCGCUAUAAGAUCUUUGCUUGACACCAGCGAGGUCAAAAAUGUUUGCAUUUGAUUUCAUGCCGCCAGGGUGCCAGUGAUAUGGGAAAGUGAUCCCUUUGUUGUCGGGUACCUGGCCAAGAUCAUCAUGGCUGGAUACUAGGAGUUAGACGUAUGAAAAGCCGCGAAAUCAUUACACGUGUUCUGUGUAUCAUAAAGGCUUCUCCCAACUUUUGCCGAUGUCUGCAUAAUUUGCUUUGUCUUAAAUCUUGCUCUGUGAUCUUUCCAAAAGUAACAGUGUGAUUGUGUAAGCUAUCCAAUUAAAGAAAUGUACUGUCUACUAUAGAGCACUGUGAUUAAUUUUUAUAUUUUGGAACAGGUUUCAUAAAUGAUAAAUAUAGCGCUUUCCUGCAGCAAAGCAAUAAAAGGUUGUGGUGAUAGA